AGGGCCGUCGGGGCCAAGCGAGGCCCGGAGCGCCUCCUCCUCCUCCUCCUCCGCGGCGGCUGCUGCCGGGGCCGGGGGUCGCAUGGAGGGUCCCUGCGGCUCGCUGGCGGUGAGCCUCUUCUCCGACCAGGGAGGCAGGAAAUACAUGGAGGACGUGACCCAGAUCGUGCUGGAGCCCGAGCCCCGAGGGGACCCCAAGGGAGGAGGAGAGGGAGGAGGAGGAGGAGGGGCGGCCGGGACGCCGGGCUCGGUGGCCUUCUUCGCCGUGUGCGACGGGCACGGCGGGCGGGAAGCGGCUCACUUCGCCCGCGAGAACCUCUGGCCCUUCAUCAAGAAGCAGAAGGGCUUCCGAUCCGCCGAGCCGGCCGCCGUCUGCGCCGCCCUCCGCAAGGGCUUCCUCGCCUGCCACCGCGCCAUGUGGAAGAAGCUGCCAGAAUGGCCGAAGACCAUGACUGGACUUCCGAGUACUUCAGGCACGACAGCCAGCGUGGUAAUCAUCCGUGGUUCAAAGAUGUAUGUGGCUCACGUCGGCGACUCGGGUGUGGUUCUCGGAGUCCAGGAUGACCCGAAGGAUGAAUAUGUCCGAGCCGUGGAAGUGACGCAGGAUCACAAACCUGAGCUUCCAAAGGAGAGGCAGCGGAUUGAAGGCCUUGGGGGAAGUGUGAUCAAUAAAUCCGGUGUGAAUCGGGUGGUUUGGAAACGGCCUCGUUUGAGUCACAACGGUCCAGUCCGACGAAGUACCGUUAUCGAUCAGAUUCCCUUCCUGGCAGUGGCCCGAGCCCUUGGUGAUCUAUGGAGUUACGACUUCUACAGCGGGGAGUUUGUGGUUUCUCCAGAACCGGACACGAGUGUACACACACUAGAUCCUCAGAAGCAUAAAUAUAUAAUUUUGGGGAGUGAUGGACUGUGGAACAUGAUCCCACCCCAAGAGGCUAUCUCCAUGUGCCAGGACCACGAAGAGAAAAAAUAUUUUAUGGGAGAACAUCAACAGUCCUUGGCCAAAAUGCUGGUUAACCGAGCGCUGGCCCGGUGGAGGCAGCGUAUGCUUCGUGCCGAUAACACCAGCGCCAUCGUCAUCAGUAUAUGUUCCGGCCGAAAAUCUCGGAGCGGCUGUCUGCAAAGCGAGGAGGAUCUGUGCUUCAACUUGGCCGAAGGACCUUCGUACAGCAGCCCCGAAACGUGGACGAUCGCCCCUUCGCAAUGCUCCACUCCGUCAUCCAAGGUCGUAGACGAUGACUUGUGGCCCCGGCUGAGUUCCUCAGAAGGCCUCCCUUUAUUCUCCUGCAGCAGCGCUUCUGUGUCGGGCAGGCUUCCGGAGCAAGCCGACGAGCUGACGAAGGACAACGAUGGUUUAGGAGCAGCUUGCUCGAGAGAGGCGGUGCCGCCGGACGAGAAGGGCGGCAAAGCGCUCGGCUUGCGGGCACACGACUCGUUCGGCCGAAACCCACCUGGGACUCUGUCUCCCUCCAACGCCAGGAAUGUGAGUCCGGACCCCAAAUCCUUCAAGGUCCCCCUGAGUGAGGCGGCCAAAGUACAGGAAGCGGAGCGGACUCCAUCAGUGGCCAGCUUCAAAAGGACAUUGGAAGAAUCUAACUCGGGGCCUGUGGUGAAGAAACCAAGACGCGGCCUGACCCGAAACGUUGGCGGGCAGCCCGAAAGCCUCUCUUCCACCCCGCAGCAUAAAAUCACCAACAGGCUGGCCAUGCGCCGAAGCGUACGAGGACAGAAAAAGUUAGGGAGCCCCUUAUUCCAGCAGACUAGGAAAGCUCUGUGUGUUUGCUGAAUCUUCUCCUGUCUCGUCCAGGAUUCCCACCGAAUCUGGAGAAUUUGCAGAGAAUUUGAAGCUGCCAUUCUAUUCUCUGCUCCCCCUUUUACUAAGGAAAAUAAAAAUCAUUAUUAUUUUUUAAUGUAGAAGAAGAAAGGUGAAUUCAGACAGCUUUUAUCCCAACCUUCUGCCCCCUUGUAAUAUAACUGUGAAUUUUGUAGACGUCCUUAGGGAGGAUAAAAAGGUUGGUGUAAAAAUAUAUAUAUAUAUAUGCGUAAAUUUAUAUUCCUUCAUACAACUUGUAGUCUCUUUCCUUGGGUACUUUCAUUUAUUGUUACAACAAAGGUAAAAAUACCGAAACAAUAUAAAACUUGCGUUGGGAUGCUGUUUUAUUAUUAUUAUUUUUUAAAUAUGGUUGGGAAGGGUUUAAUUUAGUACAAAGUAACAAAUUUGUAUAACCUUCCUUCCUGUGACGACUUCACAACUUUUUAACAAAAGUAAAUUAUUUAAAAGCAGAACGGAAGAUAACGUAUUUUCGUAGGACUUAAUACGUUUUGCCUGGAAUGCGCUCUAUUAGAGAAUAUAAUAGUAGGUCUAUAUUUUCUUCCUUUUAUUAACUUUUAGAUUUCUCUAUUCAGAAUGAAAUGUACGCUGAAAAGAUGUUGAGCCUUGAUAACAGCUGUACGCUGGGUUCUUGUGUUUUAAUUAAAUUAAUUAAAAUACUACGCAGUACUUUAGGUCUGGCUGUAUUUGCAUUUGGGUUUUGAUUGUUUGUUUGUUUGUUUAAGAUGAAGGGCCAGUAUUUUAGCUAAACAAGAAGUUUUUCUCCAUCAAUUCUUGUGUUCCCAAUUCCUGGGGGCUGCUUUUUGAAAUUCUCUUGGUGAUAUACUUGGAAUUAUGAUAAUACAUUCCUUUAUGGAUGCGUGAGAUAUUUUACUACUCCAACCAUCAAUGGCGCCACCAUAAGAGUGACCAACCGAGGUUUUUAAGUUAUUGGGUUAGUUUUCUAGUUUUUCUUUGCAUAUGUUGUCGUUGUAUACCUACAAAUAAAAUAAAAUUGCUAAAAACCUG